AUGCUCAGCAGGAAGAGGGCCGCGGAGAUCCGUAUCAUGGAACUGCAAGAAUCAUUACAGGAGAUCAACACGAGAAUGAUCAACCACACCAAAGCGAAAUCAGCGGAAAGAAGACGAUUCGAAGAAACAUGGAACAGACAAAGCUUUAGGUGGAGAGCUUCCUUCGCAGGACAAGAGUUCUAUACAAAUUGGAUGAACGCGAAUAACGAAAUUGCGACACAGCUGCGCCAACUUGAAGCAGAAAUCGACGAGAAGAAGUACGAGGUUGAGGAAGCUCUCCGUGAGCUACGGAAAUGCGGCGGCUGGAGCUCACGCUACGUAUGA